UACCAAUUUUUCUUGUUGACUAGUUUCAGCGGGAUGAUGCAACCACACUUUCAUCUUAAUGAAUUAAAGUAGGUUAUCCGUAAAAAAAAACCUAGGGGAAAAAACCCGAAUGCGGACUCUUGCAUAACUAUAUUUGGUUCUAACUAAGAUUUCAAUUUUUUUUUCACAGAUAGAACGAGUUCGAUGUGAUCUACAAAAUGAGUUCCAUUUCUAAUAUAUUUCGAGAAAAAAAUUCAUAUUACUCAAAACACUCGUUAACACCUCAUACCAUAAUGUAACACCUUCGGGUUUAUGUCAAUUUUGAAGUUUUUUUUGUACAGGUGGAACGAGUUCAUUAUAAUAUAUUGGAUCUACAAAUUUAUGAGAAAAAAAUACAGGAUCAAAAUAUACCACCUCAUACUACCCUGGUAUAUGAGUAGUAUCUUGUGGUAUACAAUGUUGAAAGUUAUAAAUGACAGUUAGUAUAUUCAUUUUAUCAUGUGUUCAACAAUUCUGCAGUCUGUUAUGUUCAUACAACCAUGAUACACUUUCAUACCACGUGGUAUGCUCUUAUGUAAUAACAAACAAUAUCACCAUGGUAUAGACUCAUACUAAAUGUCUCAAUUAUUUAUUACAAACAUAUAUCAAAGUGGAUAUCAUUUUAAAAAUUAAAUUAAUUUGAUUUAUCUCUAAAAAAAAUUCUGACUUAAAAUAAAAGAGAUAUACCCGUUAAAAUUUAAAAAACUGUUAAAAGUCUUCCAUAAAUGAUAAUGUGUCGUUGAUGUGCCAGGUUAUGCAUGAUUAUUGAAUAUAAGUUUACUGAGGGGAUCCACUCCCGAAAAACCAUGUACUUUGUAGAAACCUUUUUGUUGGUGUAAUAGUAAAAAUCGAUAAGUUUUAUAUUUUCUCCGUGAGUUGACUUUCAUUUAAAAGGUUAUCGUUAGAGAAUGAUAUAAAAUUAAUAAUUAAUAUUUUCUCAUCAAAUUGAGUUAUUGAAACCAAAGGAAAUAUAAAUCAAUCACCAUUCUCCUCGUGAUGCUCACCCUGAUGAUGAUUGCAAUGAUGAUAAAGGCAGCGAUGGUCCAAGAAACGCAUCGGGAUGAGCAGCACGCGGAGGUUUGGCUGGAGAACUUCUUCUCGUUGUGGUGGCCCUCGACGAUCUGGCUACAAGAUAAAAUAGUCCAGAACAGGAUCCAACAGUACCGGAACAGGUGAAACCCCAAAGGAAGGGAGUGACCAUGGCUAGCCAUACACGUUGGGCUUUAAAGGAGUUGGAUCGCACACUGAGAAUUGAGCUCCAGACGAACUUGGUGGUAGCCCCGCUCCCGGGCCAUCUGAAAACCUUCUACACUGUCUCUCAAUUAUGCUCGGGUGAUAGAAUUGAUUCUCAAGUUACUGGCGAAUGCUGCGAGGCAACAUCGUGUAUGAUUUCUAAUCAGGCCACCAGCUGUGUCGUGGCUUGACUCUCGAAUGACAGAGUCGUCUGAAUAGUGAUGGUAAUUUAAACCCGCCCUACGGGUACUACCCGAUCGACGAUGGGGCGGGUAUUACCCGACACGCAGCAGCGUGGGGCGGGGCAUGGAUAUCUACUUUCGACCCGCCUUGCCCCGUUAUAGACCCAUUUUAUCUCAAUUUCUUAAGGUACCUAUACAUAUUUCUUUUGUUUUGACUUUUAUUGAACUAGUAAUGAAGAGUCGAUAUUUCAACUUGUUAUACUCAAUUGCCCAUUCUAUUAACAACAUUUUUCUUCCACAAAGUGUUUUUACCUUUGUUUUAUCGUAAAAAGUAAAAUUUGCGUGUAUCUUUUCCAAAUAAUAUGUAAGAGUGGGUCGACCCGCCCCGUCUCGUACCCGCGUGGAUUUUAUCCGCCCCGACCCAUAGUAGCAUGGGGCGGGGCAUGAGAAUUAAAGUACCCGCCCCACCCCAUUGACAUCACUACGUCUGAAUUGAGAGUAACCGAUCCUGGAGGCGGUGACUUCCACGAGAUUUCGACCUUCGUUCUUGUGGGCAGAUCAGGUGUAUGGACGAGCCUGUCUUUGUCAUGGCAUUACUCACACAAUUAUCUUAAACAGAACGCGUUGUAGAACGACUUCAAUGGUGAUGAUUUUGACUACAAAGAGGUGGUCAAUCAUGGCUUUUUCGCAGCUCAUCUGAUUAGUCUCUCAAUACUCUCAAUUUGAAGAAAGCCCCCAAGAUUACGAGUCAGAGUUGUAUUGCAAGUGUCAAAGGAAUCAACAGCAGCAAUCAUAUUGCCUCCUCAAGGUUCUCAUAUGCUUUCAUCAUCACAAACCAUGUUCAGUCGAAGGCAGCACUAGGGUCACCUUUAUCGUGUCACAAAGAAUUCAAGAGUUGCAUGGUGUUUGGUGACCAGUAUUCAGUGAGUGCCCUGUCUCUCCGAAUAGUCUCCAAUUUUGAGCAGAGUUUUCAGUCAAGAGCAAAUCUUCACUAAACAAUGUCAUGGCAUUGAGGACAAUCAUGACGUACGUUGAUUGCCCCUUCAAUAACUAGUGUGGGGAGAUAGAAAAGCUUCUGUCAACAAAGUUUGUCAAGUCAUAAAGCGAGACAGUCACGAUCAAAGAGGAGAUAUCGUCCCGUCUGCGUUCAGAAUCAGUCAACUUUCAGUUUUCACCAUUUUGACUUUCAAGCUGGGCAUUCACGUCGUUCAUGCUCUAGCUUGAGGGGUAGAAUUGGGAGUCAACAUACUUCGAUCGACUAGCUCAGUCAUCAAGUUGACCGCGAUGUUCCAAGUGAGUUCAAGUUGAUCAAGAGGCGUACUCAAUAGUCUCCGUCAGGAGGUUCAAGAAGACACAGUCAACCAUUUUCAUCAGUUUGUUCAGAAAGAGUCAGUUGUCUCCAAAUCAACAUCGUCCGAGAUGUCAUUCAUCUUGUCUUUAGUUCUACAAGCAUGUCAUGCUUGUUCUUCACAUUUCCUUUUCAACCUCGAAUUUCUUGUCAUUCAUGUCUUCGUUUGAGUGGGAGUGUUGUGGUUACUUAUGUUACUUGGUCAAUAAGUAACAGAGUUCUUGUCCUACUUGUCUUUGGCCUUUCGUGUAUUGUCCUAGAAGGAGAAGGACAUUAGGUCGUCCUUAUGUUUUUACCAAAGCCUUUGUCUAUAUAUAGCUUAGCCGGUUCUUGUCGUAAGCAAGCUGUCAAAAUGUAGUCCUCAAAUAAUAAAAUGCCAGCCGUGAGCUCCUCACCGUGGAUUAGUCUCGUUCAAUCAAGAACAAGAAUACCACGUAAAAUCCCUUGUCUAUUGUGUUCUCUUCAAUUCUACAUUAUCAAACUCUUCAGUACAACUUCAAGGCGUCCUUUAAAAUAUCAAUACUUUAAAUCAUAAUAAAAGUGCUUAAUGAAUGAAAGUAAUAUGAUAUGAUCCGGACCAAACUACACCGUUUCCCAACCCUACUCUCUGUCUCCCCCCUCUUAACAAACUAGGGUACAUUGU